AUGGCAGUUGGAGGUGGUGGUGGUGAAUUGGUGAUGGUGGAAGAAUUUUUUGUUUUGAUCAAAGGAAGGAUAUGCUGCAAAGCAGCUGGUUGUCCCAUGGCAAGCAUCUUUAGUUUGGUUGAAAGAGGCAAAGGAAAUGCUCAAAGGAGGCGUCUACGUGACACAAAUCUAGAUGGUAAUGAUCCUUCCCUACAAUUCCAAAGCCGUGGGCUAGACUCAUUCGCUGUGCAAAUGAUUCCCGUAACACAGUUUAAGAAAAAAAUAGAAUCAGAUAAAGUGAAUCAUUGCGAUGAAAGUACUGAAUGUUCAAUUUGUUUGGGUGAAUAUGAAGAUGAUGACUGGGUGAAAACCAUACCGAACUGCUCUCAUGUGUUCCAUGUAUCAUGCAUUGAUACUUGGUUUCAAACUCAUUCGAACUGCCCUCUUUGUAGAUCAGACAUUUUUGAUCUUGAAGUUUCGGUCUCUACGUGUGGAAGUAGAGGAAAUCUCAUUAGAGAAGAGGUUGAUGAAGAAAGAUCGGUUUUUUAUCAAACUCUUCGCUCUCAUAUCCUUCAAAAUUCUAACUUUGCUAGGCUAGAUCAGAACUGA